AUGGCCUCCCGCAUCUGCAUUGAAGGCUUUUCAGUUACUUCAGACGUUCGCAAGGCCGUCCCAAGACUGCGACUCAACCCAGGGCAGGAGCAGUACCUCGAGGCUAUCAAGGAUCGCAUGUCAGUGCAGUCUGACUCAAAGGCUGACCGGCUGGAUAAGGACAGCUGCCUGUCGAAUAUCCUGGAGGCAAAGAGAAAGUUUAGUAACUCGGUUGCGAGAGCUCAGAUGGACAUUGAUGGCCUGUGA